AUUGGCAAUAUCAGGAAGGAAUAAUCAAUAAAGAAAAGAAAUUGAUUCUUUCAGAGUCUUUAAAAGUUGUUGAUUUAGCAGAGCAGUAUCCAAUAUCUGGAAAAGUAAAUGAAAAUAUAAGGCAAGCCUGUGUCGAGCAUAGGCAUGCAAAUAUGCGAGGUCAAGGAGAAUAUACACCAUGGUUCAAUAGGUUCGGACAUCCAACACACUACCUUGUUCGAGUUGCACGAUUCACAUCUAGUACGGAAAACAUUUUGCAUGUCGAAGUGGAAAAUGAUGUGAGAAAGAAAAAAGAUGGGCACCUAUUGUACUUCUACGAUAUCUUCUUGAGAAAUCGAGAUAUUAGUUGUGCAAUUAUAGGUAAGUUUACACAAGGUGGCAAGAUUGAUGAAAAACGCCUUACUCAUCGACUUGUAACAGAUGAAG